CUAUUUUGAUAGAGUCCAGAGAUUGGGGAAAAAGCCACCAAGAACAAUUCCAAUUAUUUCUGUUUGGAAACGGGACAUGGUUGUUGAAAGAAUCAAAAAUGAAUUGGAAUUGGGACUUGGUAAAGGGAAGAUACUUCCUAGAAUUGUUGAAGAAGCUGAAAUCAGUCCUGAGAUUUUUAUGAAUGAUUUCAUUGAUGUGGUGAUUGAAACUGGUCGUUCCUUGUCAAAACUAUCAAGCAAACUGUUGAAAGCUAAGGAAAUAUUCCCUGAAAAUGACUUGGUAAAGAAAGUUGUAGAGGUUAUGGGGAAAGUGGCAAGAGAACCUUCAAUCUUAAGCCAAGAUGAAGAAAUCUAUGGCUCCGAAGAUUUUCUUGAAUGCAAUUGCAAAAGCUGAAAGGGAAUUUUUUAAAGCAGUUGAUAUGGAGAAAAACAAAAAAGGAAAACAGAAAAAGGAGGAGUUCAACAUCAACAAAGCAUUCAGUUUGGGACUUACUCCCCCAUCUCCACAAAUAGGUAAGAACAAAAUAAAAAUGUUUAAAUAUGAUACUCAAUAUAUUUAAUGAUAUGUUUAACUAACAAUUGUUUUUUGUAAAAAAAUGAAAUCUUAUACAAAAAAUCCAACAUCUACAACAAUGGGUGUUAUUGCAGCUGAAGCUUCUACUUCUGUAGAAGAUGAAAAUCCUACUGGAAAAUCUCCUC